AUGGGGGGACUACUUAGCAGGGGAGGUAAGGGCGGCAAGGGCGAUUUCGAUAUCGUCAUUGGACAGCCCGACUACAAUUCGUUCCAGAAGGUGACCGAUGCGGCUAUGGUGAAGGACUAUCUCCAAUCGAACCAACCCUCGCAUGGACCAUCCGAGAUGGCAGGACCAGCGGCGGCAUCGAAGGGGGAGGCCCUGCCACCCCCGCCAGUACCUCGAGAAGGAGAGAAGGCGGCAUCGAAGAAAACGAGCCGAGGAGGAUGA